CACAAUUGUCUUAGAUACAGUAGGUGGCAAUAAAUCUGCUACCCUGUCGGGAACCGCCAAGCCACUAAGUCUGAAAAGGGGUAAGAGGCUGCCUGCUGCUUUACCUACUACUAUGACCGUAACAACAGCAACAACGUGUUGAAGCUAUUCACAGUCAACGAAAUGGCGCGUGGACCGGGGCUUUCGAAGGAGAUGAAGAUGCGGAUUUCAGAGCUUCGGUCCCUCGGCUGGUCACCGAAUCGAAUCCACGCGAAGCACCCCAAGAUCAAGCUGGGUACGAUCAAGUCCCAUUGUAUACGAGAAGCUCGACGACUCAACGAUCCGACGCCUACGAAACCGCGCGGCGCACCGCGAAAAUUAACAGAAGAAGAUCGCGACCGAAUCUACGAUAUUGUUAACCACGAGAACCCCCACAUAAAGCACCGGGACCUACUAGCUACUGUCGACAAUAAGAUUAAAGACCGGGCCCUCCGGAUGCUGCUUCGGGAGAUGGGCCUGUCAACGCCUUCAGUGGGCUCGGCGACAUCGACGAUAGUUCGCGACGUAGCGGCAACACGUUCGUCAGAGCGAAGAGUGUAGCAUUAAACGCGGUAUCGGUGUCCAGCCCGUUUGGACUUUUGCGCGACCGUAGGAUAAGCUCGCCUAGGCGACGUCCAGGAAGUCCGUACGGGAAAGGCGUAAAGACGACAUCAUGGGCAUGUUUUUGCUAAGCGAAUCGGACUGGGCUGGUGCCCCUCGACGGCGAUGAAGAAUCACGAAGAAACGGAGUUACAGCGCGUAAUGUCUGAGCUCUAUACGAUGCGUUCUUACUAGAAUUCGUUGGACGGGACGGUAUCUUUAUGUACGAUAACGCGAGAGUCCAUCCAGCUAAAAUCGGUCGAGCUUUGCUUCGGGAUAGGAG